AUGAAGAACUCCCUGACCAACCAGAGGCCACGAACCAAUCUUACCCUCGAUUUCGAACAAGACCAUGCCCUGUCAACUGUCCCAGCACCAUUGUCCGCUCACGAAUCAAUUGGUGAUCUUAUUUUCAGCUUGUUGACUUUGGCCAAGUUUCACCAAACCAGAAUCAUCCUUUCGGUCGGGCUGAUUCCGGUAGCAUCCGACAGCCGAAGAUCGUCUUCUUGGUCGAUCAUGUCCAUCAUGCUGUCAAGCAGCGAAUGGCGCACUGUUCGCAAGAUUCUCAUCAGAUUACAGAUCAGCCAUCACGAGAGACCAACGGUAACAAGCCAUUCACAUGCGCUGCAUGGAUCUACAGAGCGGACAUGUUCGUGUCAACAACCGACAUAUCAAUUCUCAACGCUGAUAGGAUGCUCGGUGAUGGCCUUCCUCACAGCCUCCCACAUCCAGCUGACAUGUUGA